AACUUGACAAAAUGGCUUGCGCAGCAGACAGCUGCAUACAAUUCACACGCCACGCAAGUGAUGUUCUGCUCAACCAUCGGCUUCGUAGCAGAGACAUCCUCACAGAUGCACUAUUUGUCAAUCGACAGCAGUUUCGUGCACAUAAGACUCUCAUGGCUUGCAGUGGGCUGUUUUACACUAUCUUCACUGACUCCCACAAGUGCAACCUUAAUGCUAUCAGUUUGGACCCAAAGGUGGACCCAGAGGGUUUUGCCAUCCUGCUGGAAUUCAUGUACACCUCCCGUCUCACACUAAAGGAGAGUCUGAUCAUGGCUAUCAUGAAUACAGCCAUUUACCUGCAGAUGGACAUGUUUGGACACCUGCACAGAUUCAUCAAAUCCAGUGAUCCAUCUGCCAAGUUGCCCAGAGAUGAGUUUUUGGUCAGUCCCCGUUUACCUCAGGAUGUCCAUGCUUACCGGCCCCAUGAUGUUGUUGACAGUUUGCACAGCCGCGUGGCUCCGUUCAGGGAUGGGAGGCCCUACGGCUCCAACAUGUUCAGCGGGGUCAGCACCCCCAGCAACUACCAUCUCUACGGGCAGUUUCCCAUGCCAGGAUUCCCUUUCCCUCUCUGCAAGCUGACUGAUACCAAAAAUGCUUUUGCUGACCUCUCAAAGAGUGGUAUCCACCACAAGCAUUGUUCUCCACACGACAGCAGCAGCAGCAUCAGGGCAGAGUACACCAGGGCUCGCACAAGCUCCUCCAGUAUUAUUCACUCCACCACGUACGCUUCCAGGGAGGUAGGCAGAGAUGAUGAGAUGAGGAAGGAAAGCCACGAGGGGGUUGGUCAGUCCAUCGGUCUCAGCACAAGGAAGCGAGCAUUUCCUGUGUUGACCCUUGAGCACCAGAAGGACUUGGGCAAAGAGCAUGCUCCACAGGCGGAGGAAGACCUGAUCCAUCAGCACUAUCCCCUGGGUAUCUCCUCUGGACGCAAGAGCCUCAUGAGCAGCCCGCAGCCCCUCAAAUCUGACUGCCAGCCAACUCGCCUACGAGUCCAGCAGCAGCAAGAACGCCGGCUCUCUCAAGCCGCCGGAGCUCAAGUCCCGCAAGGUACCCAGGACCCCAAAGCUCGCAUGAAGAAGUACAAGUUCAUCGUGCUGAACCAGAGCGCAAAGGAGGACGAGGUGGCGCUGAGGGAUCCUGGGCUGCGCUCGCCUCAGAGGCUUGGCCUGCAACCCUACCUCCACCCUGGUGACUCGGAGAACCUUGACCCACAAAUCACAAGCAAGAGCAGCGAACACAGCGAGGAUCUACCUGUUCCUCAGGCUAGUCGUCUCAACAACAUCAUCAACAGUGCACUUGAAGCACUGAGGAACGCCGACGGUCAUCCUCCACACUACCAACGCCUCAACUGUUCGUCCUGCGGCUCUCAGUCCCCACAGCACUCAGAGGUCUGUCCAAACACCUCCAUCCGUCUCUCAGAGGACAUGGCAGAGUUUCAUUCAGAAUAUUCAGACUCCAGUUGUGAAAAUGGUACGUUCUUCUGUAACGAAUGUGACUCCAAGUUUGCUGAGGACGAAGCGCUGAAACAACACAUGCUUCAAGUGCACAGCGACAAGCCAUACAAGUGUGACCGCUGUCAGGCUGCUUUCCGUUACAAAGGCAACCUCGCCAGCCACAAGACUGUACACACAGGGGAGAAACCGUAUCGCUGUAAUAUCUGUGGUGCUCAGUUUAACCGACCAGCUAACCUCAAGACUCACACUCGCAUCCACUCAGGAGAGAAGCCAUACAAAUGUGAGACGUGUGGAGCUCGUUUUGUACAGGUUGCUCAUCUUCGUGCCCACGUGUUGAUUCACACGGGGGAGAAACCGUAUCCCUGUGAGAUCUGUGGGACUCGCUUCCGUCACCUGCAGACGCUUAAGAGUCACCUGCGCAUUCACACAGGAGAAAAGCCCUACCAUUGUGAAAAAUGCAACUUGCACUUCCGCCACAAGAGUCAGCUCCGGCUGCAUCUGCGACAGAAGCAUGGUGCCAUCACCAACACAAAGAUCCAGUACCGUAUGUCCACGGCAGACAUGCCCACUGACUUGACAAAGGCAUGCUGAGCUAAAUGAAGGAGACAUUUCUUGAUGAAGGCAAUCUUGACCUUGGCAUUUAUAGACCCCAACUUGUACAAUCAUCCAAAAUUGUAGUGCCACACUGUGUUCAUUAGACAAAUAAAUUGGCUGUGUAUGCCAUUCUAAACGGGUUUCCACUACAUGUGAACGUAGAGCCACAUAUGGCAUCUUAGUCACUUUAUUGUUUCUAUAUAGAUAUAAAUAAAUAUAUAUAUAUAUGUAUGUUGGGAGUGUUUUUAAGCUUUGAAGGUACGUAUAUAAAGCUUUAUUUUGUUGAGAAGGAUGGAAUGUAAACAAUCUGUUUUUUGAAAAUACAGUAUUUUAUAUCAGAGAACUUACUUUUCUGAAAGUAUUGAAAAUUUUGAUUGACGGGUGGUACAUAUAUUUUAAGAUAACGGGAUUUGCGGCUGUACAGAGUUGUCUAUACAUUUUUAUGUAGAUGUACGUACAUGUUGCACCAUGUCAAGUUGCCAUAUUCACGAAAAAAGGGUAGAAAAAAAACAAGAAGACUUAAUAAUUGGAUUUAGCCGAAAACAUAUCAGAUGACUGCUGCUGUCUGAUGAGGAUAUGCAUGAGGUACUCUCUUACCAGUUGUCAGCAUACACAAAGUGGGCGACUGCAUAAAUAUUGUGACAUAUUGUGUAAUUAUAUCUGUGGGAUUGCUCUCUGCUGGCAGAGCCAAUCCAAGUGUUGAACUGCAUUUCAAGGUACUGCUUUGUAAUGACCAAGAAAACAUUUUUGCUUCAGAUGUAUUUGUAUAGAUGUGACUUUUGUUAUUUUGUUUUUUUUUCAUAAGUGAAGGUUUACAGUUUUGCUCAUUGUUCUAGAUCCUAAAGUAAAAGUUGUGUAAAUGUCAAGGUUUUUGUUUGUAGAUACACUGUGUAUUCAAUGUGCCUUUCUCUAUGGUGACUGAAUUCCUCCCAUUCAGCCCAGCUCUAUUAAGGUACAACUCAAGGACACCACUUGUCCUAGAUCCCUCGUGUGUGUGUGUGUGCGUGUGUGUGUGUGUAUAUAUAUUUUAAAUGCUUGUCACCAACCUUAGAACAUGCAAAAUUCAUCAAUGUAAAUCUUCAGGACUUGUUUUUGGAUUGGGCUUUUUUUAACUGCAUUAAAAUUGUUGUACAACGUUAUAGAUGUAUGAAUGUAAAAUAAAGGUAUUGGAUUUCUAUGUAUUAA